GAUCAAGCUGGGGCUACACCGAGUCGAUCAUGGCUUCAGGCAGCGGCGCCAUCGAUCUGGCUGAUCUCGAGGAAGCAUCUGCUUCUACUUCGGCUGCGCUCCACCCAGAAACGAACAGAUUGCUCGCAGAACUCGAGCGCAAGACACAAGCACGCAAGCUAGCUAUCCCCACCAAUGAUGUCGACGUUCGCGCAAGGCUACGAGAGCUCGGAGAGCCCAUCACGCUCUUUGGCGAGAAGCGAGAGGACCGUCGCGACCGUCUGCGAACGGUCGUCUCUGAAGCUGCCGCGAAAAGAGGCGAGACCUUUGAUGCUAGCGAGAGCGAUAGCUCCGACUCGGACGACUCCGACAAGCAAGAGGAGUUCUAUACCGAGGGCUCCCAGGCAUUGCUAAGGGCGCGUUCUGCCAUGGCGCAACAUUCCUUGCAACGCGCGCGAAAACGCUUAGCCCGUCAGAGGCUGGAAGCGAGCAUACCUCUCGGGCGCAUACUCGACAGGCGGAAGCAGAUCUAUGCUGAGCUCAAGUCUUAUACCAUCCUGGGAUCUCAGCUCGCGGACGAGCGACCCAUCAGCGCGACUCGAUUUAGUCCUAAUUCUGCCUAUCUCGCAAGUGGCAGCUGGUCGGGAGCAGCGAAGAUCUGGUCAGUUCCAGGAUGUCGAUGUCUGGGUCACUACCGAGGACACGCCGAGGAGCGGGUCGGAGACGUGCAAUGGCAUCCCCAAGCCACGCUCUCCCAGUCUGAAGGCGCCCUGAAUUUUGCGACAUCAGGAGGAGAUGGCAACAUCUGCCUCUGGUCGCUUGAUGGGUUAGACUCGAAAGGCAAAGGUGCUGCGCCGAUAGUUAACAUCAAUCCACUCUCGACUUUGACAGGUCAUUCAGCACGAAUAUGUAGAAUGUCUUUCCAUCCAACAGGCAGCUAUCUCGCGUCUGCCUCGUUCGACGAGACAUGGCGAUUAUGGGACGUCGAGAAAGGCACCUGUUUGCUCGAGCAGGAAGGUCAUUCGAAAGCAGUCUAUGCCAUAGACUUCCAAGGAGAUGGAGCGCUUAUCUGUACAGGCGGUCUCGAUGCGAUCGGGCGAGUCUGGGACACACGGUCAGGCAAGACUGCCAUGGUACUCGAUGGACAUGUGCGAGACAUCCUGGCCAUCAAUUGGGCACCCAACGGGCAUCAGAUUGCGACGGGCUCAAAUGACGAUACCGUCAGGAUAUGGGACAUUCGAUCUUUGCGAUCCAUCUAUACGAUACCGGCGCAUAAGUCGGCUAUCUCCGACGUCAAAUUCUUCCAUUCGACAGUUCCUUCAUUCCCAAUGACGAUCAAGACUGACGAACCUGCUAAACCGAAUGGACAUGCAAACGGCAAUGGCAAGGAGAUGGACGCAAUCAAGAAGGAAGAAGACGACGGUGAGAGGGAUCGCAAGAUGCUCAUCGAGCAAGAUGAAGUCAGAGAGAUCGUCGAGCCGCCUCUCUCGGGCGUCUUUCUCGCGAGCGGUGCUUAUGACGGCUUUGUGCGGAUCUGGAGCGCAGACGACUGGCAACUCAUCAAAGCGGUCUCCAGCGAAUCAGGUGGUAAGGUCAUGUCCAUCGACUUGUCCGGUGAUGGCAAGUAUCUUGCCUCGGGCGAGUACAAUCGUACAUUCAAGCUUUAUGCUGCAGAAAACAUUGCAUUGUGAAAGGCUGGGACCAUGCUCUCCCUUGACACUAGGUGUUGUGACGCUCGUUAUGGAGCUGUAGGUAGUAGGCGUCCCUCGUCGUCACCUUUGGAACGUGCCAGCCGUACCACCACCCGUAGCCCAGUGCUACGCCUGCACCCAUUGAAAAGGACAGAUCGAGUAUGAGCCUCCUACGGAGCUUUCCAGCGAUAGGUGCGAUCGCCAUCUUGUUCACUUCUUGCUUGCGAAGAUGACCACUAGGCGAG